UCUUCUCGUUCCAGCCCAGGCAAGUGGCUGCCUCUUGCUAGGUUCUGCUCGCCCACUUGGUAGCACAGUUAGGCUUAGGCAUCCAGCCCAAGGCAGACAGACAGGGCUCAGAACCUCAGUCCUGCCAUGGAGGACGGGCAGCAGAAAGAGAAGGUGAAGCCGCUGGGCUUCCUCAAGCCCUCCUCCCUGACGAAGGUCGCCAGCCGCUUCAAGGCACACCAGGAGUCUCUGCCACGGCUGCCCGUGCCCCCGCUGCAGCAGACCCUGGACCAUUACCUGAAGACCCUGCAGCCCAUCGUGAGCGAGGAGGAAUGGGCCCACACCAAGAAGCUGGUGGAAGAGUUUCAGGCUGCAGGGGGCGUGGGAGAGCGCCUGCAGAAGGGGCUGGAGCGCAGGGCCAAGAAGAUGGAGAACUGGCUGUCCGAGUGGUGGCUCAAGACGGCCUACCUCCAGUUCCGCCAGCCCCUGGUCAUCUACUCCAGCCCCGGCCUGGUGCUGCCCAGGCAGGACUUUGUGGAUCUGCAGGGACAACUCCGGUUUGCUGCCAAAUUCAUCGAGGGUGUGCUGGAUUUCAAGGCCAUGGUUGACAAUGAGACCCUUCCCGUGGAGUACCUGGGCGGGAAGCCGCUGUGCAUGAACCAGUACUAUCAGAUCCUGUCCUCCUGCCGCGUGCCAGGCCCCAAGCAGGACUCGGUCAUCAACUUCAGCAAGACCAAGAAGCCGCCCAUGCACAUCACAGUGGUGCACAACUACCAGUUCUUUGAGCUGGACGUGUACCACAGCGACGGGACGCCCCUCACCUCGGACCAGCUCUUCGUGCAGCUGGAGAAGAUCUGGAACUCGUCGCUACAGACCAACAAAGAGCCCGUGGGCAUCCUCACCUCCAACCACCGCAACUCCUGGGCCAAGGCCUACAACACCCUCAUCAAAGACAAGGUGAACCGGGAGUCGGUGCGCUCCAUCCAGAAGAGCAUCUUCACCGUGUGCCUGGACGCAGUCAUACCUCGGGUCUCAGAAGACAUGUACCGCAGCCAGGUGGCCGGCCAGAUGUUGCACGGGGGCGGCAUCCAGCUCAAUAGCGGCAACCGCUGGUUCGACAAGACGCUGCAGUUCAUCGUGGCAGAAGAUGGCUCCUGUGGGCUCAUUUACGAGCACGCAGCAGCAGAGGGGCCGCCCAUCAUCUCCCUCGUGGACCACGUCAUCGAGUACACGAAGAAGGCUGAGGUCGUGCGGUCUCCCAUGGUACCCCUGCCCAUGCCCAAGAAGCUGCGGUUCAACAUCACCCCCGAAAUCAAGAAUGACAUUGAGAAGGCCAAGCAGAAUCUUAGCAUCAUGAUCCAGGACCUGGACAUGAUUGUGACCGUGUUCCACCACUUUGGGAAGGACUUCCCCAAGUCAGAGAAGCUGAGCCCUGACGCCUUCAUCCAGAUGGCGCUGCAGCUGGCCUACUACAGGGUCUACGGGCAGGCCUGUGCCACGUACGAAAGCGCCUCCCUGCGCAUGUUUCACCUGGGCCGUACUGACACCAUCCGCUCGGCAUCCACGGAAUCACUGACCUUUGUCAAAGCCAUGGAUGACUCCACUGUGACGGAGCAUCAGAAGGUGGAGCUGCUGCGGAAGGCUGUGGACGCCCACCGCGCCUACACCAACCGGGCCAUCCGCGGGGAGGCCUUGGACCGGCACCUGCUGGGCCUGAAGCUGCAGGCCAUCGAGGACCUGGUGAGCAUGCCUGACAUCUUCAUGGACACCUCCUACGCCAUCGCCAUGCACUUCAACCUUUCCACCAGCCAGGUCCCCUCCAAGACAGACUGCGUCAUGUUCUUUGGGCCUGUGGUCCCAGACGGCUAUGGCGUUUGCUAUAACCCCAUGGAGUCGCACAUCAACUUCUCGGUGUCGGCCUACAACAGCUGUGCCGAGACCAACGCUGCCCGCAUGGCGCACUACCUGGAGAAGGCGCUCCUGGACAUGCGCGAGCUGCUGCAGAGCCACCCCCGGGCCAAGCUCUGAGCCGUGCCCCCCCUGCCCCUGCCACAGCCAAACCACUUCAGAUGGGCCCCCCACCAGGGCUCCCCUUUGUCCCUCUUCCCCUGGGCCCUGCAGAUCUGACCAAGCCAGGGUGGACUCCCCCAGGGCCCGCAGGCCCACGCCAAAUGCCUUCCACGGGCCAUCCCCAGCAUCAUGGGCUGUGCUCGGAGGCUGAGCAGGACGGAGGCCCAGGCGCCCCAUGUAUCGCCCAGAGCAGCCUUCCUCUGGGAAAGGAACCAGUCAACUCCAUCCCCACCAGUGAGCCUGGGAAGUCCUUCUCUGAUAGCUCAGCUCUGGCCAGUCCCUGCCAUCUGGGCUGAUCCGUACUCCAAUCCUCAAACGCCCAAAGGCCUGAAGACAGGACUAUCUGGAGUGGGGGACUCCAGGCCUCCCCACGGCCGAGGCCAGGGUGCGAGGCGGACUGGGGACGGGGCAUCUCCCACAGGACUGCCGUACUCUUUUGGAGAAUAUGGCUGAACAAUGUUCCUGGUUGUAUAAUAGUACCACGCGAGGCAAUUAAUAAAGGGAAAAUGUCUUGGUGAAGAGGCGUUCCAGCUGCGGAGGCAGGCAGGUGGGGGGACACUGGGCCGCCUCCCGGCUUUCCCUGCCUGGGAGCUGGUGUCCAAGCAGCCAUGGCCCCAGGGACUCCGAGGAGCCAAGAGGAGGUGUCCUCAGGCACCAGAUUGCAGACCCCAUUCUCAGACAACUCCCACCUGCCCCUCUCCAGUACCGUGGGCAUAUGGUGGGGACAGUUCUCCCAGGGAAGUAGGACCCUGCAGGCCCGGGUCUGGUGGGCCAGGUGUGGCCGACACCAGGGCCUAAGGCCUCAUCCUGCAGCCCCCACUGAGCCCAACAGGAGUGCUGCCCCAGAUCACAUGACCACCUGAUCAGAACCCUAAACCCGCCUGUCCCCAACCCCAGGCACCUGGCAGAAGCUAGGUGUCUUGCCAAAGUCAGUCUCUCACUCCAGGGGAUACUCUGGCCCUAAGGCACGUGAAAACCAGAGCAGACGCUGGGGUGCAGGUGGGAGAGUAGGUGGAGCCUGUCAGGGUGCUUCCUGGCCUGGCUGACCUGGGACAGUCAGUGAGGAUGGGGCCUGUGGUUUUCUCCUUUUUUCAGACGAGAAAACUGAGGCACAGAGAGGUUAGUCACCAGGCCACUAAACAGCAGAACAGAUUCCCAGAAGCCAUACUUCAGGUCAGGGUAUCGGGAGCCCCUGUAGCCAAGCCCCCAGCCCCACGUCACACCCGCCCAGAUGACCAGGGCAGGGGUGGAGAAGGGGAGGCCAUGGGUGGACAUGGGCCUGGAAGGCACAGGCAGGUGCUGGCUGGACUAGGGCACUGAGUCGGACUGACCUGUGUUGGGCCUGCUGGUCCCACCACAUCUCCCACAGCCACAAGGUGGGGACUCAGUACCCUCCCUCUCCAAUGCAGGUGAGAGGGUGUGCCACUUGCCUGAGUCCCAGGGAGCAGGAGGCAGAACCCACACAAUGGGGGAGUGGGUGUUGCCCUGGGCCUGGCCAUUUCUCAACUCCCCCGCCCCCCAGCAAGGCUGGCAGGGUGGAGUGAUGCCAGGAGAAGGGGGUAGGGUCCAUGAAUGCCCUUUCCUGGGCCGGAGUGGGAAGACCAGGAAAAGACCAUGACAAUGCACAGCCUGCUGUCCUCAUCUGUACAGUGGGGGUGAUGCUGCUCCCUCUGGGGGCUCCUGGGAGCCCCAGGAAGUGGGGGCCCACAGCAGGCGUUGGUGAGUGCUGGGGAGUAGUACUAGGGCGGGGCUGCGGGGGGAGGCGGCAGAGUGAGCCAGGCCAUGGGCACUGCAGACACCUGCGACUCCCACAACUCAAGUUCUAAGAACCACACAGGUCUGAACAUAAGGCAGGGUUUCCCCAAACUCUCCUUCAGAAGUGAGGGCAUGCCCUUGCCCUUGGGUGUUACAGGUCUCGUAUGAAGGCUUACUCGACUCCUUAGCGCCGAAAGUCCACGGGGAAAGGCACAGUUAGCACCUGAAACAAACCGUCAGUAUGAGAUGCCGGCCUAGAGGUCCCUGGUGGCACGUGGGGAGGGAAAGGCAAGGAAACGAAGACCUUUAGCAACUACUCCCGAGGAUGUGACUGUGCCUCACUCUUGGGAGUGCUGGGUGUGGGACAAGCAGGUGCUUAGGGUCUCUGGACACAUGGGAAGGAUUGGGGAGAUGACACACCUACAGGGUUUUCUUAAUCCGCUGUCUCAGUGUGAUGCCAGCGGGCACUCGGGGCCUGGGGUAACAUUCCCAGUGACCGCAUCGCGUGUGAAAUCCAGAAAGUGCUGCUGGGUCUCAGACCGCUCAGCCCAUGGGCCUGGAGACUUCGGUCAGCGGGCCCAGAGGUGGGCCAGGGACAAGACCCUGAUGCCAAUGAUGCAGAUGAAGAACUUGAUUUUUUUUUUUUAUGAGCGAAAAAGAACUGUUCUAAAGUAAUAUAUUUUGUGCAACACAUUACUUGAAAUGUGAACAUGUAAUAAACGAAUGAAUUAAAGAUUUGGCUCUUACCUA